AAAGAGGUUGCCUUGACUGCAUCUGCAAUGUGGCAAAGGAUGAAGUGAGGAACGUGGUGAGGCCAUGGUUUGUGGGCAGGCCCCCAGGUGCCGCAGACUUUGCCGCCCUCGGCCCUUCAUUCUGGCCUUAGUGGUGGCCAUCUGUCUGUUUUGCCAGACCAUGACUCCCCUCAUGACCAGCAGCUUCCUUUCCGCACUUGUGAAUGGGAUUUCACCAAGCAAACAGAAUAAAACCCAGCGAGGAAGAUACAAGGAGGUCUCCACAAGCAACACUCGCUGCUUCCUCCCCAUCAGGAAUCCACAGACAGUGAAAAAGAUCGAAGAGUCCCUUCUGCAGUACUUUGGAAGCCACACAAGAAGAGCAGUUCUGUAUGCUCCGCCUGCCCACAGCAAAACCGAGCGGCAGAUCUGCCAGCGCAUCCUGGCACAACACGGAUACACAGUCACGGUUCUUGAAAACGGGAGACUGACAGACGCACCCAAAUAUGAGGGUCAUUAUCACAGUGACCAGAGCUCUUGGGAUCUUCUGAUUUGCUUGUCUUCCAGAAAAGCUGAUGGUGGUAACUGCUUUCAGCUAGAUGACUUCCAUCAUCUAGAGUUAUUCCGGAAGGUAAACCUACUUCCAGAAAUUCAGCAUUUCCUUUGCAGAAAAGAAGGACUAUGUGAGAUAACCAAAGCCUUUUCAGAAUUGCACCUCCCAAUUGCCGCCUCAGAAUGCUCUGAUCAACCUGGGCUGUCAAAGGCCAGCACCACAAGCAAAACGUCUCAGAGCUGGAAAAGCAGCGACAAGACACACGCUGCCCAUCCACGGCACUUGUGGAACCAGACCAAUAGUUCACACCUGAACCAGUUAUCACUUCCACCAGACCACAGGGACAUCUUUAAAGCUCAAGACCUUUCUGUCAUCAUCAAAGCAUAUGUGCUAGUCACAUCCUUAACACCUUUACGGGCUUUCAUUCAUUCAACUGGCACUGUCUGGCAUCCACCCAAGAAGAAGCACUUUUCUGUAAAGCUGCAAAGAUUUUUUGAGGUGUUCUUCAAAAGCACUUCUCCCCAACAAGCCUUUAACAACAUGAAAGAAGCUAUAAGCAAACUCCUGCUGAUUACUGAAGUCUUCAGUGAAUCAUCUGCCUCAGGACCAAACUCUUUCAAUCAAUGCAGCCAAUGUUUCCAGAUGCUAACCUUUGAUAUUGGAUUCAGUGCCUCCAUAUAUCCAGUAGUUCUUGAAGUGCAUGAUAACUUUGAUUUUCAAGAUGAAGAUGAAUCAAGUAUUCAGGACCAAACUUUCAGAGAAUUUCUUUUUGAAGACACUUUUAAAUUUCUAAUACCCAAUGAAGCAUCAACUUCCAGUUUCAUGGAAGCUUUACAAAACAUAUAUGGAUCAAUUAUGAGCAAGGAUGGAAUCUACCAGAAAGAAGAUGAACAAUGUUUAUCUUUAGAAGAAGUCCAUUCAAUUAAUAGUUUUGUAAAAGAGCUGAAGAAUCUUGGGCAAUUUGAGCUGCUUUUCCCAUCUACUGCACCCCAAAUCCAAACUUUGCUGCACGACCUUUAUCACAUGGUAGACCCAAUGAGGCAUCUUGGUUCAGUCUUGACUAUACAUUGGUUGCUUUCCAGUUUGCUUGAAAAGUUCCAGUUCAUGACAAAAGAGUCACAUGCAAAUCUCGCAGAAUGGAGAAGCAAGAAGAGUUCUAGAAAAUCACCUCAAACUGUAACGAAAUGGUUAAAGCCCAGGAAUUCUUCUCCAAAAAAUGAUAAUAUUAAGCGGAGUGCUCCUUUUGAUUUAAAGAAGAAUCAGGAAGCAUUGCAUUAUUCCAGCAAUACUAAAGAAAGACAAUGUAGUUUUGAUAAAGAUACCCUAUCUCAUAUCAGGCAGAUCUUCACCAGCCCACAGCUGGACUUGAAUCCUCAAUUUAACCCAAGGAUCAAGGAAUACUACACAGAAGUCCCAUUUGAUGUGGUAACAGUGAAGAUUGGAGCAGAACCCUCUAACUGUCAGGGCCAUGUACACCUUGAUGAUAAGAAAGGACCAAGCAUUGCAAACUACCCUCUUGGCCUUGGAUUGAACAAAGUGGUUGUUCUUGUAACAGAUGACUCACAACCCAGCCCUCAGGUUGUGAACAGCUAUAAAAUCACAAUUUAUCGAGAGGACCGCCCCAGUCUUCCUUUGUUUGAUGACUAUACGAUGUGUGGUUUUGUGCAGGACUGUGGUUCUCGAAUUCAUCCAGAGGAGUCCUGUGGCUUGCAGCCUCUGUCUCAUGAAUACCUCUCAACAAUUUCACAGACGGUGUUAAAGACCUGUGAAACUGGAGACACAAAAGGGCAGUGGAUCGUCCCUUGCCUCAGCUGCUCUGACAACAGGACCUGCGACUGGAGGGAAAUCACAUGGCAGCCCCAUGACUGCCAGUACUCCGUGCUGGCCAGGCCCCAGCUCCAGCAGUGUGUGGAGGGCAGAAGGAUUCUCUUCAUAGGUGACUCAACUAACAGAGGAAUGAUGUACUAUCUAAUAGAAAGAGUAAAUGAGACUCUGCAGGAAUGGCAAAAGACCCAUGAUGUUAAAUGCUAUCACAAUAUCAAUGAGGGAAAAACAUUUAUCAGUUACUCCUACUAUCCUAAGUUUUGGAUGAAUGCAAAUGAGAGACCAACAUUCGAGAAGGCACUAAAACAACUGCUGCAGAGAUCACGUCCCCUUGAGAACACAGACCAGACCGUAUUAAUUGUAGGUGGUGUUCAGUGGCUUAAUUCCAAUCACCUGCAAAUUAUUCAAAAGGUGUUGAACAGGGAAAAUCUAUCAAAUAUUCUGGUGAUUAUCAAAUCUAUAGGGAUGGGCUUCCACCUACCUGUGGAUGGAAUACAUUCUUUAUCACAGAAAGAAGUACAAAACUUAUGGAAUGAAAAUUUGGUGAUUCUGGAUACAGCAAAAAAAUAUGGUUAUGAAGUUGUUGACACCUUUGUCAUCACAAUGGGACGCUACAAAGAAUUCCUGCAAGGGAAGUGUGGCUGUCAUUUCCAUGAGGUGGUGAAAUCCAAUCCCUCUGAAGAAAGUCCUCACAUAACAAUGACAUUAUCAAGGCACUAUACACUGGGGAAAUUUAUCAGUGCUCAAAGCAAGUCAUCACACCUGCAGGACUAUGCAACAAAUUCUCAGUCCCCAUAUCAUGUCCGAGGUCCAAUAAAUCAAGUUUAUUCUGAAAUCCUUCUCAGCAGGCUCUGUGCAAGGAAAAGGGAGCUUGUCAGCAAAUAAGCUCUCUUGGA